AUGGAGCUCCAGCCAGUACCUAGGGUGCUACCAUCUAAUGCUCCGCCACUCCACGACGGUAGCGACGACGACUUGCGAUAUGCCUCUCGUGUACUGCAAGAACACUCGGGCAAUCGACAGCACAGCAGCUAUGCCCUCGCUGAUGGAUACGCGCCCAAGUUUCAAGCAGCGGUACAGACGGAGAACGCUUGGCCAGCGACGUAUCAGCAGUAUCAACAACACACAAUCAACCCACAGCCGACAUAUAGACGAGCUUACAGCUACGGCCAUGUGCCUCGUCAACUGUACAAUUACAGUCGGCACCGUCAGUACGAGUACGAUAUACGACAGCGAGCUGAUGCACUGUUCCAACGCUUCCAGAAAUCGGAAGGGUAUACUAAGUAUCGAAGUCGUCAACAGAAAGACGACAAGAAUGGCCAGGAACAGAAGUGGCCGGAUGAGCUUGAGCGUGCUUUCUUUCAAGCACUCGUCAAGUUCCCUCCCAUGGGUCGACGCAAGAUGAUGCACAAGGAGAAGCAACGAGGUCGCAACGAGCUCAUCGCCGAUUACAUACAGCAAGUCACUGGCGUCCUCCGCGGUCGUAAGCAGGUCUCUAGUCACAUCCAAGUGCUUAAGCCCUUUGUUGAGAGCGAUCCGUAUAUCAUGCAAGUACUCUCGAAAGAUGACCAUGGCAAAUCGCCUUCGCAUCUCGUGGGAUUCGGUGGGCCCAUGUCCGGCCGGCGAAUGUCGACAUACCAUGGCGCCGGAGCUGCUAUGCCAUAUGGCACGAGGUCGAUGCAUAUCCCCGCUGCCGAGACUGAUAUAGAUAACGUCCGACGCAUGAAAGAUAAGCUCGACAUCUUUCAGCCCAACAGCUUCUCCAUGUUUGUGCAGCAGAAGACCCCACGACCGGACGAGAGUGUACUGGAGGAACGUCUGCACACUUAUACACAGUCCAUCGACAUGCCACUGGUAGCAGAUGUGCCUUUCCAGGAAUGGCAAGGGUCCAGCCAUGAAUUGCUUGUAGCCAUGAGCGCUAAACAGCAGCUAGACUGCAACAUCCUUGUCGCUGAUGUAUCGAUCGGCUUCCCGACUGCCAGCUUCCGCAAUAUGACUGGUGUCGAGCUAGGGAUCUCUUUCGUCUGCAGCAUUAAUCAUCUGGAUCCAAAGAGCGUGGUCAGAUGUCGGAACAGCUUCUACCGCAAGGGCAAGCGCGUUUACAACGAAGACUUCGACGCUCCACUUCAGUACUCUGAUGAUCGACGCAAUAUCACUACCUCAUUGAAGUUUGGAAGCAACUUCUGGGUAAAGAUGCUGCAUCAGCUUGCCGCUCGACUGCAGCGAGAACCUACCGAGACCGAUCCUGAAGCUGCUACUGAAGUGGACAGUUUGCUGCGUGGCUUGACGGCCAUGCUGGAGAUCCUCGUUGUCUCUCCGCACGGUAACGAACGCAUCCUCGUAAUGUGCUGGACCUUUCGCAAAUCGAGUGUAUCGCAAGGCCGUGCGAGCUGGCGUCGACUGAUCAUGCCUCCGCCUGCUAUACCUCCAUUGCAGUAUCCCGAGCCGCCGAAGAACGAACAUACUGAUUCUGUGUAUGACUACGGCACACAAUGCGUGGACAUACCAGCCGCGGAUCCUCUGACGCAGCCGAUGUUACAGUCGCCUUUUGAGUACGACGGUAAUUCGGGCUCAGCAUUAUCGUCUGCCACCUGGCCGACAUCCAUGAGCGAUGGCAGUUUGAGUGCUCACCCUGACAAUGCUGCCACUUUCUCCGCAGAUAACAGCUUUGACUUCAUUGCCGGCAGUAUCAGUUUGUCAUACGACCAGAGCGCAGCUUUCGACCCAACUCUAGACUUCAGCAACUUUGACACAACUGCCACAUUCGACAGCACUGCCUUUGAUUUCGGCACCACUGCGGACCUGGUUCAGGAUCCAGCACUAGACCAGCUGACCGAUCAAUGGUGGGAUACUGCUGCUAGUAGCUACGAUGUUCAGGCACCGCUGGCUGGUGUCGUACCGGAGACACAUUAUGCUCCACAGGCACAGAUCGAGGGUUCAUCGCAAGUGUAUGCAGACUUUGACGGUCAAUUCGACCAGGACCCAUAUCCUAGCCAGCAGGAACAACAGGCGUAUGGUGGUGCUAAGCAGGACUUGUCGAUGCUGGCGGAUGCUUCGUAUCUGAGAAGCAUGCUGCCGAAGCAAGAGCCAUUAUGA